AAUUGAUCCAAGAAGUAUAAAAGGACACCUCAAAAUCCUGUUUGCAACAAAUUUGGCAACCAAAUCACAAAUUCACUUAGCAUGCACUACUCUUAUCUGCAAUUAGCAACUUGCAUAAUAUGCAGUUUACAAGUUUACAAAUUGCACGCAACUGGAACUGUCAAGGAACCUGGAUUUGUAGGAACAGACUUGGAGAGGUCUUUUGUAGAAGAGACCACAACUGCUACAAUCAACACUGCCCAAAGGCUUCCCAACAAGGAAAAUGCAUCCAAAACCCCAAAGCAAUCAUUGCAGGACACAAUUUCAGCUAGUUCAUCUCAAUCAUUGCUGGAAGCUUUCCAUUUAGAAAACAAAACUUCAACAAAGGGCAAGCAGCCCAGGAUGAAGACUGCUGAAACUCCCCAAGGUUGA